AUGUCCACCAACGAACAUUUAGACGGAUGUGGUUCCCCACUAUGCUGCGGCUGGCGGUCGCAGUGUAUAGGUGGUGGGUUGAGUGGCCACGCCCACGGUGCUAUCUCAUCACACGGGCCAGUUGAGGAACGAAAGCGCUUAGUCGAUGAACUAGCUAAGGCGCUAAAUAAUGAGCCAAAAGCACUUGCUGAAGAACGCGACGGAGAAAGAUGUGUGAUUUUGAAAGGAGGCCCCUACCAAGUGGCACAUAUCUAUCCCAACUGCCUUAUCGAGUCUACAAAUACACGUCGAAUUCCCCACUUCUGGACGCAAGACAAGAUCAACUCCUGGCGGUCGUUGAUAUUCCGUGAUCCCGAAAACCCGCUGAAACCAUUUGACGCCUGCUUUAACUUGAUAUGUAUGAACAAUAAUAUCCAUUCUUUGUGGGGAGACGGCCUUAUCGCGAUUCGUCCGCUCAACUACAACAACGAUAAAACCACGCUGGAGGCUGAGAUCCAUUGGCUGCCGAGAUACAACCAUGGACCUCUAGAUGCCAUUCGUCUUGAUACUCCAACCCUGUCAAGCAGAGGUUUACAAAAAACUUCUUAUAGGAGUGGCGUUUCGGCGGUCCCUAUCCAUAUCGAUGGCCAGCCCGUAACUUCGGGUCACAAAGUCGUCUUCGAAACCACUGAUCCGAAGCGACUUCCGCUCCCUAGUCGAGAACUACUAGAAAUGCAGUGGACAUUGAACCGGGUGUUAUCUAUGUCGGCGGCUGCCGACUACCAAGGCUACGAUGAAGACGACGACGAUGACGACAUGCCAGUUGGAGAGGCAGCUCGGAGUGUGGGGGAUUGGCUUGGUUCCAACGACUUUCAGCAAGGACCCGCAGAGCCUGACUCUGAAAGCUCCUCAGAUGAGCAAGAAAAUACGUUUCUUACGUCCCCCGAUCCCUCUCCCAUCAAAACGACCACCGCGGUGGAUACUCGUGAGCAGUCUAAGGUUGAAGCGGGUGGUGCUACGGCGGGACUUUAA